CUAGGCUCGCUUCUGGAUCUUCCUUUGUGACUUCCUUCAUUGACCUUCAGCUUUAAAAGGCCAUUCCCAUUUGAUGGGCUAUAUAUGAAUGCGUUUUCUUUUAGUUAGAUUUUUACAUUCAACUUUUUACCACUAUUUACCAACAUUUAAGUGCAUCGUGGAAUAAGGAUCUAACUUGAAUUUUUAAAAUGUGAAAUCUCCAGAUUUUAACAGCGUUAUUGAGCUUAUUUGCACACAGUAAAAUUCACCAAUUUUAAUUGUACAGUUUAAUGAUUUUUUGCAAAUGUGGACAGUGGUGUUUCUGCCACCACAACCAAGGUGUAGAAGCCCUACAUCACCCAAAAAGCUCCCCUGUGGCCAUUCGCAGUCCCCUCCUCUACUCCUGGCUCCAGGGAUCACUGAUGUGCUUUCUCUUUUCUAGAAUUUCGUAUAAAUGCAAUGUAGUAAUGUAUAUGUAACUGUAGGUGGUCUUUUGAAUCUGGCCUAUUGCAUUUAGCAUGAUGUUUUUGAGGUUCAUGCAUGUGGUGGCAUGUGUCAGGGGUUCUGUCUUUUUUAUUGCUGAGUAGUAUUCUGUUGCAUGUAGGUAUCACAAUUUAUUUGUUCAGUUAGGGAAUAUUUAGGUCGUUUCCAUUGUUUGGCUACUGUGAAUAAUACCGCCAUGAACAUUCAUGUACAAGUCUGUGUGGAAAUAUGUUUUCAUUUAUCUAGGAUAGUUCCUGGGAGUGGAAUUGCUAGAUUGUAUGGUAAGUGUAUAUUUAACUUUAUAAGACACCUCCAGACUAUUUUCUGAAGCGGCUGUACCACUUUUCAUUCCCAUUAUCCAUAUAUGUGAGAUCCUUUUAUGCCACAUCUUCGUCAACACUUGGUAUUUUCAGUCUUCUUAGUUUUAGCCAUUUUAGUGGCUGUGCUUUAACUUUAGUUUUAAGAGACAAUUGUUCUCGCUUUGUUAAAUGACUGUCUCACGUCGCGAAAGGCAGGAGGUUGCGGCUCAGUGCAGGCAUCGUCAGGGAGUGUCGAGAGACCCGAUUGCCUGAUGGAUGAGCUGUGUCAGAGCUUUGAAAGUGACUGGAUCAGGAGAGACCAAGCAGGACUCAGUGGUUACCUGAGAGGGUUCUGCCCCUCACAGCUGGGGUUUGUGCCUUGCUGUUCCCCUGCCACAGAACCAGUCCCUGUGUCACUGGCAGUGGGCCCCGAAUUCUGCCUUUUUCACGGGCCUCGUCGGCUGAGCCAGAGAUUCUGGAAGAGAUCCAUCACUGAGGUCAGCGCUCUCACAGGUGCAUUUGCGUGACUUCAUCUGCGUCCCCUUGGUGUGGUCUGCUUGUGGGAGGCAGCAGGGGUGGUGUGGUCAGGAAGUGGCUUCUGGAGUGAGAUGCCCUGAUGUUAAGCGCUGCCCUUCUGCGGAUGGAUGUGAUCUUGGGCAGGCUACUUAACCUCUCUGUGUCUUUGUUCCUCGUUUGUAAGGUGGGGUAAUGGGGUACCCAUUGCAUGUUGAGAUGAUUAAAUGAACAAUGGUGCCUGACACCUAGCUCAGAUCUUGGUGUUUAGUCAACACUGUUCUCCAAUAAAAGGAACAAGAGCUCUUUGGAGAAAUGGCUGAUCCCAGGGCUGAGACAGGAAAUAUACAAGAUUUGGUAGUGCCAGGAAGUGAGAAAGAACUAAAAACAAACAAAUCCCUUAUUGAUGGGGACAUUUCAAAGUGACACAGGAGCCAAUUGAAAGUGCUCCCAGUGGCGAAAGCAAUUUGGGCAACAAAAUAAAGUAGUGUUAGAUUAUCUCAAAAUAUAAGAUAAAUAUCCAUGCAUCUGUACUAAUAUAAACGAUUGAAUAAAUAAAUGGGAGAAUAGACCAGCUUCCCUUGUUGUAGAGUGCCAACCAACUUAUGUAGGUGCUCCGCCCUCCAGGAGGGGACAGUAUCCCCUACUCGUGAAGCAUGUGACAUACGGUGUGACUUCUUCCAAAGGGUACAGUAUGGAAAGAGGGGAAGGAGAGCCACUUUGCAGUGGAGCAACCUGACAGACAUGGCCUCAGCCUGGUGAUCAAGGUCAGCAUCCACGGUGACAAGUCAUGCUGAUAGUACGAGCCCUUGGCUACAAAGCAAUUGGCAAAAUAGGAGAGGGAACAUUUUCUGAAGUGAUGAAGAUGCAGAGCCUGAGAGAUGGAAACUAUUAUGCAUGUAAACAAAUGAAACAGCACUUCGAAAGUGUUGAGCAAGUGAACAGUCUGCGGGAGAUACAAGCACUGAGACGCCUGAACCCCCACCCAAACAUUCUUACGUUGCACGAAGUGGUUUUUGACAGAAAAUCUGGUUCUCUUGCGUUAAUAUGUGAACUUAUGGACAUGAAUAUUUAUGAGCUAAUACGAGGGAGGAGACACCCAUUAUCAGAAAAAAAAAUUAUGUGCUACAUGUACCAGUUAUGCAGAUCUCUUGAUCACAUGCACAGAAAUGGAAUAUUUCAUAGAGACGUAAAACCGGAGAAUAUAUUAAUAAAGCAGGAUGUCCUGAAAUUAGGGGACUUUGGGUCCUGCCGGAGUGUGUACUCCACACAGCCGUACACAGAAUACAUCUCCACCCGCUGGUACCGGGCCCCGGAGUGCCUGCUCACCGACGGCUUCUACAGCUACAAGAUGGACCUUUGGAGCGCGGGCUGUGUGUUCUUCGAGAUCGCCAGUCUGCAGCCCCUCUUCCCCGGAGCCAACGAGCUGGACCAGAUCGCGAAAAUCCACGAGGUCAUCGGCACACCUGCUGAGAAGACCCUCAUCAAGUUCAAGCAGUCGAGAGCUAUGAGUUUUGAUUUUCCUUUUAAAAAGGGGUCAGGAAUACCUCUACUGACAGCCAAUCUGUCCCCACAAUGCCUCUCCCUCCUGCACGCCAUGGUGGCCUAUGACCCGGACGAGAGGGUCAGCGCGCAGCAGGCCCUGCAGCACCCCUGCUUCCGGGAGCUCAGGGCACCCGGGAAGCAGGCUCCGGGCAGCCACAGAAAAGCUUUCUUCCCAGAGAACCCGGUGGCACCGGAACUCCUCAGUGACAAGUGGCAGAUUGCAAAGGAGGGCAGAAAGCAGCCUCUAAAGCAAGACGGGGACCGUCCGAAGCGACAAGGGCUGGCCUGCCUGACGGAACUGCCCAAGCUGAAGCUCUCAGGCGUGACCCAGCUGUCGUACUCCAGCCCGGCGCUCCAGUCGGUGUUCGGACCGGGCGGGAAAGGCCAGGUCCCCGUGCUGAGACCCCUGAAGCGUGUGGGCGUGAGCCAGAAGCCGGAGCCGCAGAAGGAGCCGCAGCCCGGCCUGAAGCAGUGCCGCCUGCCCGCGAUAGGGAGGAAGCGGGGCGGGUGCUGAGCAGCACGUGCCCGUCACCUCGUGCUGUCCCGCAGGGCGCCAGCCAGCCCGUCGCCUCAGACACGGAUGGGGGGCUCCAGGGCCAGGCCGGGUGCUGUCCCCGCCAGGCCGGGUGUCCCCUACGUCCGGAAGGCAGCCAGGCUGUCUGUUCCCCUCCACCCACGUCGUUCCAGGGUUUAUUUCACUUUCGUAACAUAAAAAUUGGGGGCAGGAAAUAUUUUGUAAUUUUUUAUAUGAACCCAAACAGAAAUUAGAGUUUCUAUUAUGUGUCAUUAGGCUCGGUUUCAUGGCAGGCACUGCGUGUUGUCCCCUCACUGUGUGACCACAGAUUAUGCUGACAUUCGUUGAAGAACAAGCCAUCAUUACAGUGUUUCCUUGUA